AUGGAGGAUAAUAAAGCAUCCCAAUCAAAUGAACACUUAAACGACAAUGAAGAAAAACACUCAAAGAAGAAAAAUAAGAAUAAGAAAAAGCGCAGUGGUGGUGAUGGCGACUACGGCAGUUCGGGAUCUAACGACGGUAUGGUUUCAGUGCCUAAUUCCGCUGAUGUUCAUCAAAAUAUAUCUUUGAAAGACUUGAAAAUGGCUAUGGAAGUUCUAAACUUACAACAAAAACCUGCGAAAACCACCGAAGAAGCUUUGCACAAGUCAUAUCAAUUUUGGUCUACUCAACCUGUACCAAAAAUGGACGAGAAAAUACUUUCUAACGAACCUAUUGAACCUCCUAAAGCCCCCGAAGAAAUAAGAUCCGAACCUUACACAUUACCUGAUGGCUUUCAGUGGGAUACAUUGAAUUUGAAUGAACCUCUGGUAUUGAAAGAACUUUACACAUUGUUGAAUGAAAACUAUGUAGAGGAUGAUGACUGUAUGUUUCGUUUUGAUUACCAAACGGAGUUCCUAAAGUGGGCUCUUCAACCUCCUGGCUGGAAGAUGGAAUGGCAUUGUGGUGUGCGUGUUGUCAAAUCUGGCAGGCUGGUUGGGUUUAUAUCUGCCAUACCUGCAGAUUUGAGAAUAUAUGAUCAUGUGCAAACAGUUGUAGAAAUAAACUUUUUGUGUGUGCACAAAAAGCUGCGUGCUAAGCGUGUGGCUCCUGUCCUUAUCAGGGAAAUAACUCGUAGGGUCAAUUUGACUGGUAUUUUCCAGGGUGUUUACACAGCGGGUAUUGUUUUACCUAAGCCCAUUGCAACUUGCCGUUACUGGCAUAGAUCACUCAAUCCCAAGAAGUUAAUUGACAUAAAAUUUAGCCACUUAUCAAGAAACAUGACAAUGCAACGAACUCUCAAGUUAUUUAAACUGCCUGACUUCCCUAAAACUCCUGGAUUUCGUAAAAUGGAGCCACAAGAUUUCGAAAAAGUUGUCAAACUUUUGAAUGAGUAUUUACAGAAGUUUGAUUUGGUUCCAAUUUUUUCAGAUGAAGACUUUAAACAUUGGUUUACUCCACAGAAUGGUAUUAUUGAUAGCUAUGUGGUAGAAGCUCCAGAUGGGUCCAUCACAGACUUUGUGAGCUACUACACUCUUCCAUCAACUGUUGUGUAUCACCCAACACACAAGACUUUGAAAGCGGCUUAUUCAUUCUACAAUGUCUCAACUAAAACCCCAUGGCCUGAGCUGAUGCUUGAUGGCUUGAUUACUGCAAAGAACUCUGGGUUUGAUGUGUUCAAUGCUUUAGAUUUGAUGGACAACAAAGAAUUCCUGGAGCCAUUGAAGUUUGGUAUUGGUGAUGGAAACUUACAAUACUAUUUGUAUAAUUGGAGAUGUCCAAACAUGGCUCAAAAUAAGAUUGGUCUUGUGCUGCAAUAACUAAUGAUUAAAUAUAAUUAUAUUAUUUAUGUGGAUGCUAGCCAGUGUUUUUGUUUUUUUGUCACUUUGUAUAAAGUGUUUUUAUUGAAAAUAUAUGUAGCUUUAGUUCAAAAAUGUGUUUUAUAUAUUUU